CCAAAUUCCACCUACAUUGGCACCAUAGUUCAAUGUAACAAGGAAUAUAUAUUGGUCAGGUUCUUCAAUAAUCUUAAAGGAAUGCUGUAUAAGCAACGUCUGAGCAGCAUACUAGGUAGCGAGAUGUAUACAUUUUAUGAGGGUCAAACAAUGGCAUUUCGCAUACUAACUAAAAACGGACACCAAAUCACGCUAACGUUAGCCGACGAUACUUUCAGUCUAGGCGAAAUAUGUCCAGCUACGGUGGUGCAUACAUUAGAUUCGGGGCUGGAAAUAAAAAUUUGCUACCACCCCGAAGGGGUCUAUGACGACGAGGAUGAGGAUCCCGAAGCAAAUGCAAUCGAGGUUAAAGGACUAGUACCGCUGCGUUUGCUCUCGGACUAUCCGGAUUUAUUGUAUGGCAAAUUACGCACCUAUACACCCGAUACACAAGCACAAGCAGUGUGCAUUGUAAAGAACAUAUUCAGUUUGCGCGAUGUGCCCUAUUUCCUAACACAUUUGACUAACAACUGGCAAAAUAUAAAGCCAGGGGACAUUUUAAAGGCACAUGUCAAGAAUGUACAUGAGGAUGUUGUGGAUUUGUUGGUUCCGAUACGAAACUAUGGCAAGUUGGUGAAAGUGCAUAUAAAGAUGCUCUUGGUAAAAGCAUUCAAAAGUGCGAACAUUCAACUAACGCCCGAGCAGGUGGUCUAUGUGAAAGUGCUUGGCAAAGAACCAACAACACGGACAAUUACAGUGACUGCCAAAUUAACAGAUGUGUGGGAUGGUGAACUAAGUAGCACCGCGCGAGAUCUUGAAGAUUACCUGAAUGAAGUAUCAGAUAUUCGAAAAGCUCACAAGCGGUUGGGCUACGGUGUAGGCCAACACAAAGUUGGCGAUAAAGUCGUCGCAUAUUUCCGUGGCGUAAAUGCUGACACAAAAGAUUGGCAAUACGAGAUAGAAAAAACUAAAGUGGCCGCUGUGGUCAAAUCUUCGUUAGUCGGAAAAUCAAAGCCACCCAAAGUGGAUGCAAGCCAAGAAUGUCUUAUACUUUGGGUAGACUACUCAAAUGAAUUGGUCUACAUCAGCAACAAGCAAGGCGAUGUUUCACACGUCAGCAGUGAUAAGAAUUUACCAAGUAAUUUGGUAGGCAAAACUGGCAUUAAUGCCAAAAUAUUGCUGAAGGCAGAUCAAGUCUUUGUUUGCUCGCUGAAGAAAGGUCCCAAUCCAUUAGUCUAUUGCCCGGUCCGAUUGCAUUUUAAUGACUUUGAAAAUUCGGCUAGCGCUGGUAUUACUGAAGGCGAUUUUUGCAAGCUUGCCUUCAUACACGAGAAGCUGCCCAUCGCCGUGCCGGAGAGCACCUGGAAGCUGUGGCAUGACAUGAAAAAGAAACGCAAAGCCAAAAUGGAACUUAAUAAUGCACCUAAGCCGAAAAAAAUAAAAAUAGAAAAACCUGUUCAAAAAGAACCACCAGUUGUCAUUGCGUCCACGUCUGCCGUUAUUGGAAAGCAAUCAGAAAGUGCGCAGAAGGUAAUGAAAAAGCAAACUAAAAAGUUGGCUGCCGAAGAAACUAGCCCCCCAGCUGCAAAGAAGAAAAAACAAGUGGCCAAAGAAUCCAAAACAAAUGAUUUACUAUUCUACGAGGACAAAACACCCAAUGAUAUUGUUAUAAUUGAAAACAAUCGCGCUUCAGAUACGGACGAAAAGCAGCCGAAGAUCGCAUUUAAACCCAAAUCUGCACCACAAUUACUACCUGGUAUUGGCGAUUUCUGGAACACAGACCUCUCUCAAUUGCUCGAUAAAGCUGCGGUCUCCAGCGACGACGACGAUGAAGAUGGAUCAGAUGCCACCGAAGAAGCCGGUAAAAAGAAGAAAAAAUUGACUGCGGCAGAGAAGUUCAAGUUACAACGCGAAGAGGAGACGCGCUUACGUGAAAUCGAAGCCAAAUAUGCUGAUCCGCAUCAUCUACCAGAGAGUGUCGAUCAAUUCGAUCGCUUGGUACUCUCCGAGCCCAGCAACAGCAAACACUGGAUCAACUAUAUGGUUUUCCACUUACAAUCGGCAGAGAUCGAUAAGGCGCGCGGAGUAGCACGUCGCGCCAUCAAAGCGAUAUCCUAUCGUGAAAAUAAUGAGCAACUUAACAUAUGGGUAGCGUUAUUGAAUUUGGAGCUGCGCUACGGUAGUAAAGAAGCCUUUGAUGAAGUGCUUAAAGAGGCGCUUAACUACAAUGAUCCGCUUAAAAUUUACCUGCGCGUGAUAGAGAUAUUCUGCGAUGCUAAGAAAACACAAGAACUCAUCGAGAUGAUCGGCUUAAUUACAAAGAAAUUCAAAGCACAGCCGGAGGUGUGGCGUGCAGCAGCGAAUGCUUAUUUCAGCAUCGAGAUGCCUGAUCGUGCACAGCAACUGUUGCACAAGGCUUUGGCGUCACUGCCUGAAAGAGAACGUAGGUAGAGGGUUGGGCAAUUGUAAUUUGCAAUGGGUUUAUCGUAUUUUCAUUUAAGUUUAAUGCACACACGAAAACGAUUCUAUGUUACUAUUAUAUAAUUAUAAUUAACA